CGGGAUUGGAAGGCCACUUUUUGGCUCAAAUGCUGCCGGUGCGAAGUUGAUCGAUUGGAGAUUAUUGGAGCUUCUUACUGAUUCAAAAGAGGGUGCACUCCAAAAGUCCUACCUCCAUCUACCUUCCGUGAAGUGAAGGCCCCUCCCGUGAAGUGAAGGCCAUGUUGAUUCCUGCACCUUGUGGCUUUAGAGAGACACAGUCGCUCGUCCUUCCGUUCCAACUCGCCCUUCUGUCGGUUCCGCCGCCGGAGUUCUCACCGCGGGCGGACAAGGCCCUUCCCAGCGCCCUUCGUGUCCUCGGUGCGUGAGAUGAGCACCACGCUGUGCAGGCAACAGGCGAGAGCCCUGCGGCGGGUCUUGGACCGCGCGAAGCAAUUACGAGAUGACGGACAGACCUUCGAGCUUCGGAAGCGCCGCCGCGAACGAGACCGCCGCAGGGACCGCAGCAGGGACCGCAGGGACCGCAGCAGGGACCGCAGGGACUGCGACCGCCAACGAGACGACCGGAGCCCUCCGAGGCGCUGCAGGUCAAAAUCGCCGGUCGCUCCCACCUGGCCAGCGCUGAGCGUGCAGCGCUCGUCCUCGUCGUCGGCGUUCGCUCCGCCUCCCAGCCCAAGCCCGGUGCAGCUUCAACCGAGAUCCGCUGCGGCUGAGCCGGCUGAGCCACCGCGGCGGAAGAGGGGGAUGAACCUGAAACUCUAUUGUCGCCAGUACGCACACUUCAAUGAGUGCAAGCGUGGAAAAAAGUGCAACUUCACCCACCGAAGCUACUGCCGGAAGUUCCUGAUGCCAGGCGGCUGCACCGACCGGGUUCAUUGUGACUUCAAGCAUUGGUCCAUUUGCGAGGACUAUCAAAAGCGUCACUCUGGAAAGGACUGCCCUCGGCUGCCGCUUUGCCCCUUCCUCCAUGUCAUUGUGCCUCUGGAACGAAGUGCACAAUGGCCAUUGCCUGGCGCCGGCUCGCCUGGCUUGCCUGGCAUGCCAGCUCUGCCAAGCGCCAAUCUGCCUGGUUUGCAGCCGGUGCAGCCCUCCCUGUUUCUCCCAUCCGUGGCGCCGGUCCCCGCGCAGGUCCCCGCGCCGGUGCGGCUGGUCCCCGCGCCGGCCGCGCCGGCCUCGCCGGAAAGCUCGGAGGACGAGGGCGCCGAGGUGGAUGCGGCUGAGCAGGGCGAGGACUUGCCCGAAGCCAAGGAGGAGGACUUUGUGAUCGUGCCCAAAGCUGUCGGCCAAUUCACGGCAGGCGCUGCCAGAAGAUAUGGUUACAAGGACUACGGGGACUCCGGCAUCGAAGAAGACACGGAUGGAGAUCACGAAGAAGACCAGAGCACCAGCAGCGAAGACGAUGAACCCGAAGCCGCGCGCCCCAACCGGGCCAAUCGACGGAAAGUCGCGCAGCGGAAUGCAAAGCCGUCAGUGGUGCCUGUGGAUGAUGGCCUCUAUGUACCCCGCCGCGCGCCGGUCAUGCGGCACAAGGGACGGCGCAGGAAGGGCGACGCGGCGCCGAAAGUGGUCAAGCUGGCGACGCCAGCCAAGGUGGACUGCAAAGUCCAUCACAAGUGGCUUGUCACUUGCAGGAGGUGCAAACAGCUGAUCAUGAAGGUGGACAACCACCGGAUUUGCCACAAAGAUGAAACUGGCAAGAGCAUCUUUUGGUACAGGGCCCUGCGAGGCCGCUGGCAGCCCACAGAGGAGGGUGGCCUCUAUGGGGGCGGAGGACGAGGUGGCCCAAAUCGCUCCAAGAAGCAGGGCAUUGGCUGUCAACAUCGCUUACCCUCUGACUGGGAUGUGAAGCUCUCGCGGCACCGUCGGAAAGAGCGGAGGAUUUUGAAAGGCAAGCUGUUGAAGAAGCACUGGAAAUUUCACAACGUGGAGGAGUGUGAUGGCAAUGCGCCUGAGAUGAGAUUUGCGUCCCAAGUGCGCUUAGAGCGAAUCAUCACCUUCCGCGGCGAAGAAGUGAACAAAGACGACGAAGCAGAUGAGGACGAGGACAACCUUCCGCUGGUCCGCCUGCAAGAUGAGCCACGCGAGCAGGAUGAGGAUGAUCUGCCCAUUGCGGCCGUGGUAGGGAUGGGUGUGCAGCCCCGCUUGCCUCGCGCCAGGCGCCCCAAGCGACGGCCCAAGGCGAAGCCCAAGCCCCAAGCCGCGGCGCCUGCGCAGCCGGAAGCAAAGCCAAAGCCUAAGCCACGGGCAAAGCGAGUGAGGCGUCCCGGGCCAAAGCGAAAGGCCGAAGAAACAUGACCAGCAGGGUCCAGGGUGUUGUGCUCAAGAUAUGUGCCCAGAUGUGCGCCA